CCCGCCAAUCCACGGCUCACUCGACGCCAUGGACGAGCCAGCGUGCAAGAAGCUAAAAGUCGAUUCUGUGCCUUGCUCAGAUUUUGAAUCUGGGGAUGGAUUGGAUGGACUGAGUGAACUUGAAAAGCUAGAGCCAUUACCACAGUCGGCACACAUUGGUGGUGACAUACCAACCACUUCGCAGUCCUCCAUGACCGCUCCCAUGGCACCGGCCGGGUAUGGUCAGGCCGGUGGGGGACAAACAGGCGGGCAACCAUCACAAGGUGGCGGUCAACAACAGUCUGUCUUACAGGAACUACUAAUGACCCAAACACAAGGUCCUGCAGCAAACAAUUCACCACGGCCUGCGUUUUCUGGAGCACCCACGGCGAACAAUUUCAAUACUAGGAGUCCAAUGACUGGUGCUACGAUGAUGUCUCCUCCAAAUGCAAACAUGGCAGGGGCAGGGCGAGGGGCGGGCGGCCCUGGACCCUCUCCUGGAGGACCUCCUGGAGGGCCUCCUGGGGGACCUAUGAGAGCACCAGGUCAGGGACCUCCGGUGAUGUACGACGGCAUGCAAUUGCCUCAGCAAGCGCAAUACGGUCAGCCCAUGAUGACUGGUGGACCUCAAGGCCAAAUGCGUGGUUACCCUGGCCAGUAUGCGCCGCAGGGUGCU